AGGAGGGAAAGACUUGCCUGUUUUCUAGGAGAGGCAGGAGCGAAAGGAGAGUUGCUUAUUAUGGUGGCUAUGAAGAAUAUUAGUUUUCUGCCAAACUGACAUCCUCUGAUGGCUUGCCAAAGCAAGAUGAGCAUCAGCACUGGCACAAGAAAGGAGGCAUGGUUGCUCAAGAGAGAGGGAAGAUGGUAACACAAAAGAAUUUAAUUAAGUUGGUUGGUUGUAAAUCCACACCCUUGCAACUCUGUGUUUGGCUUGCACAGAUCAAAAUCACAAUUGCUGUCAAUAAAUUGAGAGACAAGAAGCAUUAAUGGCAGCAAUGGAAACAGUAGAGAAGAGAGUAAAGCAAGAGAAACAACAAGGAAAAGGAAAGGCAAGGCCAUCUCUAACAACAACAGCAGUUCCACGUUGCACCAGCAGCUCAAGCCUCCCACUACAUGCUAGGACCCCAGGUUCACACCCUCCUACUCAACCCUGCUCAUUGCUUCAUUGACUGCAGCUGCUGGGGUGAAGAUGGGCACUGGUAGCACCUCCACAUAAGCUGCUGGGGAGUGCACCUGCAUACACCAGCAUGUUGUUCCCAUACUACGGCCUGGAGAUUCCUGUGUUGACCCAUUUCUUCAUCUCAAAACAGUGCACUGAUGGAUGGGAGCAAACUUUCACGGUGCUCAGGAGCUCUAUGAGAGGACGCACUGCAAGUCUGCAUGUAGAGAUUGAAGGAAUUUUACCCUCCUCAGCAUGAGGGGACGAGAAGACCAGGAUAUGACAGCAUGCUGAAUGGUGUAACUAUCAGCAACAACGCAGUCCUGUCAAUCCAUGCAGCACGAUGGCUUCGUUUCCUGUCCUCAAGCAAGAGGUGUUGUUCCGGAAUGGCACGUGGAGCUAUCGAAUUCCAGCCCUGCUUUACCUGCCACGUUUCAGCAUCAUCCUGGCAUUUGCUGAGGAAAGAGAGGAUGUGGUGGAUGAGCAUGCCAAGCUCAUAGUGAUGCGCAGAGGCACGUACAACCCAGGCAGACACCAUGUUCAGUGGAGCGGCAUGGAGACCAUUAUCAGUGCACAGCUGGAAGGUCACCGAUCCAUGAAUCCCUGUCCUGUUUAUGAUGAGGUCUCGGGGAAUCUGAUCCUGUUCUUCAUAGCUGUCCCAGGAAAGAUCUCUGAGCACUACCAGCUCAGGACAAAGACCAACCUGGUACGUCUCUGCUAUGUCACUAGCGUGGACCAAGGACACACAUGGAGCCCUGUUCAGGAUAUCACCGAGAGCACCAUCAGCACAGAGUACAAGAACUGGGCCACUUUUGCAGUGGGACCAGGUCAUGGAUUACAGCUGUCCAAUGAGGCCCGGAGCCUUGUGAUUCCUGCCUAUGCCUUUCGUAUCCUUGACCCUAAGCAUCACCCUGUCUCUUAUACCUUCUGCUUCAUCAGCUCUGACCAUGGGAUGACGUGGGAGAUGGGGAACUUUGUGGGAAAAGAGAGUGCAGGGGAAUGCCAGGUAGCUGAGGUACACCGCUGUGGCAUGAAUGUGCUCUACUGCAAUGCUAGGACCAACAAGGGAGCCAGAAUCCAGGCUGUCAGCCACAACAACGGGGUGGAUUUUGAGGAAGGCCAGCGGGUUGAAAAGCUUGUGGAGCCUCCCUCUGGAUGUCAUGGAAGCAUUGUUGCCUUCCCUCCUCCCUCUGAUGUCUGGUGCCAAGAUAGCUGGUUGCUGUACACUCAUCCUGCAGACCCAAGGGGCCGAAGAGAUUUGGGAAUUUACCUCAACAAAAGCCCUCUAAAUCCAGCACAUUGGACAAAGCCAAGCAUCCUCUUCAAGGGCUUGUGUGCUUACUCAGAUCUGCAGUACAUGGGGAUUGGGCCAGAUGGCUCGCCCUUGUUCUCUUGCCUCUUUGAAUAUGGGAUCCAUAAACAAUGUGAAGAGAUAAUCUUUGUAAUGUUCACUUUGAAGCAAGCCUUCCCUUCUGAGUUCUGAGUCUCGAGCUUUUUCAUUGGGAUUCUUCUGAAAACCACCUUUGCUGAUGCUCUUUUCACUGUCAGCUCUCAUCUUUCAGCGAAAGAAUUUUUGUAUUCUUCCCGCGCUGCCCGCUGGGCAUUGUCUUGUAGCAUGCUUACAUCACAAAGUCUAUUAAACAUACUAAAACUAAA